GACCUCAAUCAUGAGCUCACUUGGCUUGUGUGGUCUCUUGGUCAUAUUCCCUGCCAUGGCGGUGUUCUUCUUUGGAGGUCUAGGCUUCAACUUCCUGACUUGGGGGUUGAUCUUCAUGGCCAUCGGGGACAGCCCUGUCGGUGCUUGCUGCACCUGCCCAUGCUUCUUCGUCUGCGCCUUUGUGAUGUAUCUUGCUACCGGCACGGGCUCUCCCGUGCUUAGGUCUUGGCAGAUCGAUUCUCUAAAGCCUCUGGAACAUGUAGGCAUUUGCACAGAGGAGUGGAGGGACUUCCAGGGCAGCAUCUACUUUGAGGACGGCUCUCUGUCGGAAGAUCAUCACAUGCCCAGCGCAAUUCCCAUUAACAUUACGCACUGCUAUGCCGAACGCCAGAAAGGAAGGGUUACUGAGUGGAAAGACUGUCACUUCGUGGUCCGACCAGUCUUUCGAUGCGAUGUCAGCCCUUUUUAUGUGGUCUCCGAUGAUUGCACGGAGCCACGUGCCUGCGCAUGGGCCAUUACCGGAUCUAUCUGGGAGGUGCCCGCACCUCCCGAGAAGCCCGAAUGCCGCCCCGGUCGAGGCUUGUGUGGUUUCAUGAUGACACCGGAGAUGUUCGCCCCCAUGAUCACAGAUGCAAGCAAAGAUACCUUUCAUAGGGAAUUGCAAGCUGCUGGCAAAGAGUUUCCAGGCAACCUCACAGGCACAAGCCCAUUGCUUUCCCUGGUGAACCCAAAACAGGAAGCUGAUUCUCUCAGAUGGUGGCGGCCGGUUUACUACCUCCUUGUCUUCCUCUAUGUGCCCUUCGGGGCGCUCGUGGCCAUGCUGGUGGCUGCGUACGAGUUCCGUGGUGGAAGGACGAUUCAGUGUAGCCUGUGGAACAGAUCGGAUGGGGACUCGAGUCCGGAGGAGGAGUGGAAUAAUUAG